AUGCUCAUCGCAGCGCCGCGUUCGACAAAGUUAAUGUCCACGUUUCCUCCACCCCCUUCAAUGGUCACGUCAUCUGCAAAAGCGCCACCACAUAGCGGGAAUGUGGACCGAAACGAAACCGACAGGUUAAUUCCAGCCAAUGGCGUGCUUCCCUUUCAAGUGCAAUGCAAGUCGGCAAUUGCUUUAGUAAACGAGCGUCGCAUUGACUUUGUGCGAGCCAAGAACGUGCAUGUGAUUGGUCGAUUGGACGGCAACUCGCGUGAAAAAAAGAAGGACAAGAAGAAAGAGUUGGUGCAACUUACGGACAUGGAGGCAGUGGAGAGAGUGUUGGUCUGGCAGCAGACGAAGAAAAUUGGACCCGGGUUCGCAAAUCUCGGCAACACGUGUUACCUCAACUCGGUGUUGCAGUGCCUGACCUACACUCCGUGUUUUGCCCAAUUCUUAUUGGACAAGACUGUGUUUGCGUCGUUUAAUGGCGGAGUUGCACCUUUUUCGAAUGGCAAUGACAUGUCGAAAUGUGGCAAACCUGUGUGUAAAAACGGGCUCAGUAGCCACCACAAUAGCUCCUUUUGUAGCGUCCGUUGUAUGUCGAGACUGUUGCAACUCGUACAUGGCACAAACGCUGUGCGCGUGGUGCAGCCAAAAGAGUUGGUGAUGAACGUCCGUCACAUUUCGAAACGGUUCCGUAUUGGACGGCAAGAAGAUUCGCACGAGUUUUUCCGUUUGCUUUUGGAUUCCAUGCAAUCGUCUUGUUUACGGAAAGCCCAUAUAAAAAGUGAAACGCACGCAGUGGCGUCGACCACGUUUGUGCACCGCAUCUUUGGGGGUAAGCUUAAAAGUUCGCUGAAAUGUGCCAAAUGUGGGUACGUUUCUGAACGAGUGGACGACUUUUUAGACCUUUCGUUGGAACUAUCAAAUGGCGUCCAUAGUGUGCGGGGUGCGUUGCGACAUUUUACAGCUGUGGAGAAACUGGACAAUUGCAAUGCGUGGAAGUGUUCCAGUUGUGGCAAAAAGAGUUGUGCCGAAAAAGGUCUGACGAUCGCAGCGUGUCCAAAUGUGCUGGUUAUUCAGUUAAAGAGGUUCGAUCUGUCAUGUGGCAAGCUCAAGCGACAUAUCGAGUUUCCGAGUUUGCUCGACAUUGCGUCCGGUAUGAGCAACAACUGUGACGACCGUCGUCGGGGACGCACUAAGUACGAACUGCAUGCCGUUUUGGUCCACGCUGGCUUUUCGACGGAUUGCGGCCAUUAUUACGCUUUCGUGAAAGGUGCGUCCGGUCAAUGGUACGAAAUGAACGACGACUCGGUGCGGUGGGUGAGUCUCGACACGGUGCUUCAGCAGAAGGCGUACAUGUUGUUUUACUCGCGGGUGUUGCCUCCUUCGGAGCGUCCGAAGCCAAGAGUGGAAACUGUGCAACCAGAAGUUGCAAAUGUGUUGAAACGAAAAGUGGAGAACGAGGUUCCGGUCGAAGUGGCAGUGCCGUUGCAGACGAAAACAAAGGAGCUGGACAUGGACAGCUUUCUCGCGAGUCUCAAGACGUCGGUGACUCAGGGGGUGGUGGAGACUGCUGGAGCUGACAAAUCUCUGGUCGCGGGGGUUCCAGUUAAAGUCAAGAAUGGGUACAGGGCGGUGGAGAAGUUCAAAGUCACCGCGAAACAGUCGGUGGUCUCGCGGUCUGUUGGUGCGGUCGGCCAUCGAUUGCAACGGGUAUUUACAUGCAACUUUGGGAGUCAUGUUGACCGACUCUACCGGUUCCGACCGGUGUUGUGGAACGCAUAUCCACGGCUGGUGAUGACCCGAUCGAUGGUGGAGGUGCCGGUAGAAACGACGGAUGCCGAGAUGGCAGUGACUUUAGGCACUACUACAACUGGCACGCACGACGCUUCGGUAUUGCCAUCAGGUGCAACACGAGUGCCGUUCGACAUCCGGCAGCUCAAGAAUGUGGGUGUGCACAACGCGUCGCUAUUUGGUCGCGAGGUGGACAAGUGGACUGGGGAGACGGACGUCGAGUCAUCGCAGACGAGCAGUAACGACGCAGUGUCACAUGAGAUCGUUGACAGCGAGUUGGCGGCAAAGCACGACCGUGUGUUGAACACUUUAAAGCAGGAAGAAUGGAAGCACCGCAAUGCUGGUCGUCAGGAUUACUGGGAUGAGACUCUGGACACGGGCAAGGUGAAGAACGUCAAGAAACGCAAGGAGUUUGUCCCGAACGAAGGCCGCAACAAUGUUUUUCAGACGACGUUGAUGCGAAAGACAAAAGACGCGAAGCGGCAGCGCACGACCCGGAUGGAGCGAUCUUAG